AGAGAGCGCAGGACUGGGCUCAUUCACCCCGCAACGACCAGCAUUCAUGCUAAUGUCAUACACUGAUCCCACUCUUUCCCAAACCGCUCCUACACACCUUCCUUGUCCCGUCUGCGCAUCAAUACCUCGCAAUCUCAACUAUUUCCAAACGGAGCUUUCACGGGUAGUUUGAGGGUGAAAUUGUCAGCCAUCAUUUUUCGAAUUAGCAGCUUCGAUCCCAGAGUAAUGGAAUUGCGUACGGACCUGUCCAGCGCCCAGGCCACUCAGACAGCUAUACCUGUGUCGGUGGCGGGGACGCUCCUCCGUGCUCCGCCUUUGCUACUGCGCGCCACCGAGAAGUACCCCAGGACUCCCAAGUGCGCCCGAUGCAGGAACCAUGGGGUCGUCUCAGCUUUGAAGGGCCACAAGCGUUACUGUCGCUGGAAGGAUUGCAUGUGUGCCAAGUGCACCCUGAUCGCUGAGAGACAGAGGGUGAUGGCGGCCCAGGUGGCCCUGAGGAGGCAGCAGGCACAGGAGGAGAACGAAGCUCGGGAACUGCAACUUCUGUACGGGACGGCGGAAGGAUUGGCUCUGGCAGCUGCCAACGGCAUGAUGCCAUCCCGAUCUUACGACGUGUUUGGUUCUGUCUGUUCCGAUGGUAACGCAGAAUCUAAACUCCAGAAGUAUGAGUUAUUUCAAAAAAGUUUAAUGCCGAGAGCUGUUACUCCUCAACAGUCCUUGGUGAAGCCGAUGGCCGGUGACAGCGAGUCAGGUACUGGCAGUGUACCUGGGACCUCGUCCCCUGAUGUUCGUCACGGAUCUGGGUCUGAGAACGGAGACGGAGAAUCAUUCCUUAAUUCCCCAAUCUGUAAAGUUCUAAAGGAAGGAGAAGAUAGUCCAAGGACAAUCACGCCGCUGGGCUCUGAUUCUGGGUCAGAGGCGGACAAGGACGAGAGAGAUGGGACCCCGUCCACAGCUGCCCGUCAAAGGACUCCCAUAGAAAUUCUCACCAGGGUCUUCCCUUCACACAAAAGAAGCGUUCUAGAGCUCGUCCUCCAGGGUUGCGGAGGGGACGUUGUCCAGGCUAUUGAACAGAUCCUGAACAAUAGAGAACAAGAAAAGAUAUCCGAAGAAACUUGGCAAAGAGAUAGGACUCACCAGACUGUUCAAGGACCUACAUCACAUAGACCUCUGGUAGCUGGGACCGUGCCUCCUGCUAUUGGGAAUCUGGGCAACAGGUCUGCUUUCUCCCCUCUCCAGCCUAACGCGGCCCAUUUUACUGCAGAUCCCAGUACUUAUGCCAUUGGGCCACAUCUAGGACUCAAUCCUCUUCGCUUAGCAUAUUCAGCCCAUAGUAGGGGACUUGCUUUCAUGACGCCUUACUCUACAACGGGUCUUGUCCCAACAUUGGGCUUUCGUCCACCCAUGGAUUACGCCUUCAGCGACCUCAUGCGAGAUAGGUCCAAUUUACACAAAGAUCAAGUGUAUACUAAUGGACUUUACGGAUCAGUUGUAAAUAAUAAUCCGGAAAAACAGUAAGUUGCAAAACUCAACGACGUCUUCAAAGCGCCACAAAGCACAGGUGGAAUGUUGGAAAUUGUCUCAAGCCUGUUUUGCUAUUUUUAAAACAUGUACGAGAGGAGUUAAAUAUUUAACAGCAUUAAUAAACAUUGUACAAUAAAGUGCUAACGUGCAAUUUUGUUAUAACAGUAUAUUUCGCUGGUAUUGUAAUUCAUAGCCAUAAUCACGAAGUUCCUUUGAUUAUUAUGUACUUAGAUUCUUAAGUGUAAUGUCUAAACACAACGGAAUUAAUCCUAAAUUAUUAAAGUAAAUGUAGAAAAUACGAUAUUCUAAUGGAGCAGCGGUCAACGUUCAAGGUGCGGAGUAAAUAUAUUGUAGAUUUAAGUCGGGGCUUAUUUUGCGACUGCUUCAAGUAGAGGAAGGGAAAUGUGUAUAUAACAAACGUACGGGAAGUUAGGUGCGUUUUAAUUGUAUUUAGGCAAAAGCUACAGCAAGUCAGUAGCGCAAUGUUUGUACACUUGCACUGUAUAUAGAAGCUUGCCGCUGAUCUGUGUUCGUUCUAGCUUUUUUUGUGUACGACAGUUAAAGUUAUGUGUUUGAAUUUGAUAGAAAUAAAGGUUAUUUUGUAAACAAACUACUGGAUACGUAUCUUGAAUUAACUCUCUAAUCAAACAAAAACAGACACAGCACAAUGGUUUAUUAUUGAUAUAAAUAAUUGCCUUGGAAAUCUGUUCUCUCCAAGUGGUAAUAUCAGGAAGUGCAAAUAACGCAGCCGCGGCUAUCAAAACCAUAGUUAAUAACGAAAUAAAAACAGGUUUAAUUUCUGUGAAUAUACAAAAUUGCUGAGAUGUUGUAGGAAGCUCACUUUUAGUAAUGAACCAAAAUAAAUUACAAUAAUUUAUGAAAUGCAUAAAUUUUGCAGGCUUUCAUAAAAAAAGAACACUGGACUGACUUCAUGACUAUCUAUAUUUGAUAAAGAGCGACCAAAGAGUAAUAAAGAGUAUUGAUGAAUUAAGAUUGUACAACUCGCCAGACUGGUAGUUAUGGCAACCUAAUCCUACUAAACGGCUCUCUGGCAGAGUGAUCUAUUUACUUUCUUACUACUAGAACUGUGUAAACAUCAUGUCUAAAAGGACGGCGUUAAACCUAUAAACUACUUCUGAUUGCAGAAAAGGAAAUAUGAAAUAUAGUUGAAUACAGCAAGGUUCAUAAAUUUUACCUCCGAGAACAAAAAAAAGUUGAGUAUUUUUUAGUUGUUGCGUUAACAUAAUUAUAUCGGCAUUGGUAUCAAGUAAAGGCUAGAUACCUGUGCUAUUUGAAGGCCCUUGACAAUAAUUCCCAGUAAAUCGGUCAAAACAAAACAUUUUGCAAGUACUACGAACAUACGAAAGUCUUCUCCUUAAAUCUUCCAGACUGUGAAACACAAUAUGACUACAAUACAACGAAUUAAUAAAGUGGGGCUUUAAUAGUGAGCUAAUUUGAUUGGGUGGCCUAACACCACUUUAAUUGAAAAACGGACCAUGUGUUUAGGAUGGCUGCAGAUUGUCUACCAUAAAACAUGCCUAACAUCUGAAUAAACUUUCACAGCUGAACUAAUUCGGGGUUUCUAUAUUUGGGAUUACUACCGCGUGCAUUAGCACACAGAUUCGUCACCGUGGUUGUGUAAAAUCACAAUAUUGUCUUUGAUUUUGUCUCCGUCAGACCGCAGAUUAUUCCCAUCAUUACUGAAAAACGUGUCACAUUUUGAACAAGAGCUUUGAUAGCAUUUGGAUGUUUACAACACCCUGCUUUAACAUUUAUCAUAAAAAACCCCAUUACAUUCUCUCUUCCUCUUUAUCUGACCGGUUAUAAACUAAUUUUGCAACCCUAACUAUACAAAUUCUUUAAAUAUGACAUCUGUUGUACAUAGUGAAAAACUCACCAAAUGCAUAUCGCCGAAACACUAAUGUUUUGCAGUUAUGUAGCCCUUGCUCCAUUUAACCGGAAUAAUAUUGGCUAUUUCGCCGUCAUCUCAAAAGAUUUGAAGCUUGCUUUACUCUUUGCAAUAAGGAAAAUAAGCUACGAUAAACUAGUAUAUUAAAAAAAUCCAAAGUGA